AUGGCAAAUGAGAAUAUAUCCUACCCACAUAAAACUCAGGAGCAAGACUGUUUACAAAAUCAGUGGGUCAACAAUGAUGAAGAUUUGGCAACCAAGCAAGAAAAUGGUGUUCUAGACACAAGGCUGGAAGAAAACUUCCCAUCUUACUUCUCUGAUGAUGGGCUGUCCACUUUUCGUGACGGCCAUCCAGUGGAUGUUCCAGAGAGAGGUCCAGCCCUGCUGCAAAUUGAUAGGCAUCAGAUUCAGGCGGUGGAGCCAAGUGCCCAGGCCCUAGAGCUGCAGGGUUUGGGUGUGGAUGUCUAUGACCAGGAAGUGCUGGAGCAGGGUGUGCUUCAGCAGGUGGAUGAUGCCAUCCAUGAAGCCAGUCGUGCGGCCCAGCUUGCCAACGCAGAAAAAGAGUAUCAGGCAGUCCUGGAUGACCACAUGUCAUGUAUGGCAUCUCUCCGGCAAAUCAAUAAAAUUAUUGAACAACUUAACCCUCAAGCCUCCACCAGCAGAGACAUCAGCAGGAAAUUAGAUUCUGUAAAACGUCAGAAGUACAAUAAGGAACAACAGCUCAAGAAGAUUACAGUAAAACAAAAGCGUCUUCAAGCCAUCCUUGGAGGAACAGAAGUUAACCUUGAAAUUGACCUGGGCAGUCUGGAGGCAGAUACUGAGCCGGGGCCAUCCUGUCUGGGCAGCGUGUUCAUGCCUGUUCAGGAGACUGAGUGGGAGGACCUCAUACGCACGGGACAGAUGACACCUUUUGGAACCCAGAUUCCUCAGAAGCAGGAGAAACAGCCCAGAAGAUUAAUGCUUAAUGAAACAUCAGACUUUGAAAAGUAUUUAGCAGAUCAAGCAAAGCUGUCAUUUGAAAGAAAGAAGCAAGUUUGUAAUAAAAGAGUGAGGAGGAAGACUCCAGCCUCAACUGCUACUGAGUUGAAUCCAACACUAAAUGAAAACCAACAAAACAAGAAAAGCAAAAAUCUCUCAAGAACAGAUGAACGCUUGAAAAAGCAUAUUAAGAAACUGCAGAAAAGGGCUCUUCAGUUCCAGGGGAAAGUGGGAUUGCAAAAGGAAACAAAAACACUGGCAGCAGAGAGGAAGGAGGGAGAAGGUACCUCAGAGAGUGAGGAGUCUGAGUACUUACCUGAGGAGGAGGAUGAUGAGGAGGAGGCAGCUGAAGCCAGCCUUUCCCGAGGUGGCACCAGUUAUAGACUGAAACCUCUGUGCAAAGGUCAAAAACAGCAGAAGAAAUUCACAGUGCAAGAGAUUGAUGAAGAGUUUUUCCCAAGUUCUGGAGAAGAAACUGAAGCAACAGGAGGAAGAAAAGGGGGAGGUAGGAAAACAGUGAGAUGGCAAGAUGAUGGAGAUGAAGAUUAUUAUAAGCAGCGCUUAAGGAGAUGGAAUAAACAGAGACUGAAAGACAAAGAAAAAUGUUUACAACUGGAGGACAAUACUGAGGACAGUGAUGCUGAAUUUGACGAAGGUUUUAAAAUACCAGGUUUCCUGUUUAGAAAGCUCUUUAAGUACCAGCAGACAGGUGUUAGGUGGCUGUGGGAAUUGCACUGCCAGCAGGCAGGAGGAAUUCUGGGAGACGAAAUGGGAUUGGGCAAGACCAUCCAGAUAAUUGCCUUCUUGGCAGGUCUGAGCUACAGCAAGAUCAGGACUCGUGGUUCAAAUUACAGGUUUGACGGGUUGGGUCCAACUAUAAUUGUCUGUCCAACAACAGUGAUGCAUCAGUGGGUGAAAGAAUUUCACACUUGGUGGCCUCCGUUCAGAGUGGCAAUCCUACAUGACACCGGGUCCUAUAGCCACAAAAAGGAGAAACUAGUUCAAGAAAUUGCUCGUUAUCCUGGAAUUUUAAUCACUUCGUACUCAUACAUUCGAUUGAUGCAAGAUGACAUUAGCAGGUAUGACUGGCAUUAUGUAAUCUUGGAUGAAGGACACAAAAUACGAAAUCCAAAUGCUGCCAUCACCCUUGCUUGCAAACAGUUCCGUACCCCUCAUCGCAUCAUCCUGUCUGGCUCACCAAUGCAGAAUAACCUCCGAGAGCUGUGGUCACUCUUCGACUUUAUCUUCCCAGGAAAGUUAGGAACCCUGCCAGUGUUUAUGGAGCAGUUCUCAGUUCCCAUUACCAUGGGAGGAUAUUCUAAUGCUUCCCCAGUACAGGUUAAAACAGCAUACAAGUGUGCUUGUGUCUUACGAGAUACCAUAAAUCCAUACCUGCUGCGGAGAAUGAAGUCAGAUGUCAAAAUGAGUCUGUCUUUACCUGAUAAAAAUGAACAGGUUUUAUUUUGCCGUCUUACAGAUGAACAGCAUGAAGUCUACCAAAAUUUCAUUGACUCCAAAGAAGUUUACAAGAUUCUCAAUGGAGAGAUGCAGAUUUUCUCUGGCCUCGUAGUCCUAAGGAAAAUAUGCAACCAUCCAGAUCUCUUUUCUGGUGGUCCUAAGAAUCUUGGAGGUCUUCCAGAUGAUGAAGUAGAGAAAGAUAAGUUUGGAUACUGGAAACGCUCUGGGAAAAUGAUAGUCGUUGAAGCUUUGUUGAAGAUAUGGCACAAGCAGGGCCAACGAGUACUGCUGUUUUCUCAGUCAAGACAGAUGCUGGAUGUACUUGAAGUAUUCCUUAGAUCCCAAAAGUAUUCUUAUCUCAAGAUGGAUGGCACCACUACCAUAGCAUCAAGACAACCACUGAUCACAAGAUACAAUGAGGAUGUAUCCAUAUUUGUGUUUCUUCUGACGACUCGUGUGGGUGGCAUAGGAGUCAACCUGACAGGGGCAAACAGAGUUAUUAUCUAUGACCCCGACUGGAAUCCAAGCACUGAUACACAGGCUCGUGAGCGAGCAUGGAGAAUAGGCCAGAAGAAGCAGGUGACUGUGUACAGGCUUCUCACUGCAGGCACCAUUGAAGAGAAGAUUUACCACCGACAAAUCUUCAAGCAAUUUUUAACAAAUAAAGUGCUAAAAGAUCCCAAACAAAGAAGAUUCUUCAAAUCCAAUGAUCUUUAUGAGCUGUUUACUCUGACUAGCCCUGAUGCAUCCCAGAACACUGAGACAAGUGCUAUUUUUGCAGGAACUGGUUCUGAUGUUCAGACACACAACAAACGCCAUUUAAAAAGAAAAAUUCAGCCGGCCUUUGAAGCAGACCAUGAUGCUCUGAAAUGCAGUAUACCAACAAAGGCUAAUAUAUCUACAAGUGAUAUAUUAUCUGAAGAGAAAUCAAAAUCUAUAGGAGCUGCAGUGCAUACAGUAACUUCUGAUGACAUUGAUCCUUUGAAAGAUAACUCUCAAACAAGGAAUAACCUAAUUAGCAGCAAUACACUUUUAGAAGAGAAAUAUUUACAAUUAAAUGCUGUUUCUCCACCAGAGGAAUCAUCAAUAAUUAGUGGAAACAGAAAAUGUUUAAAUUCUCCAAAAAUAAGUGAGACACCCAGUGAAGAAGGUGAUGAUGUAAAGCAGGAUCUUUCUGGUAAAGGGCAAAGCUUCCAGAGCCAGACAGAGACUUUUUCAGAGAAUAAUUACUAUAAGCACAAGUCAAAAACAAAGCAUCAGAGUGCAGUAAAAGAUGAGACCCUGGAGAAACACUUGAGACAGAAAGAAAUGCGUAAGUCCUCUAAGCAUCGCAAAGAUGCCAAGUUUGAAGGAACUCGAAUUCCACACUUGGUGAAGAAGAGACUGUACCAGAAACAAGACUGUGCAAAGGAGAGUGAAGCAAAGGAGUGGUGCAGUGAUGAUUAUGUUCUGGAAAAGCUUUUCAAAAAAGCAGUCGGUGUGCACAGUGUCAUGAAGCAUGAUGCUAUCGUGGAUGGAACCAGUGCUGAUUAUAUGCUGGUGGAGGCAGAGGCCACUAGAGUGGCUCAGGAUGCUUUGCGAGCACUGAGACUCUCUCGUCAGCGGUGCCUUGGUGCACAGUCCGGUGUGCCAACCUGGACAGGCCAGCAGGGGAUGUCUGGUGCACCAGCAAGAGUGAAGAGUAGAUUUGGUCAGAAGAGGAAUUGUAACUUGGCUGUCCAGCAUUCUUCUUCACCAUCUACAAAAGAGAAGGUUCAGAAUACUGCUCUGAAGAAAGAGAAAAAAGAUACUGUUUCUGAACAUUUUAGUGGAAAAGCUGAUGAUACAGACUCUCCAUGUGGGGCUCCCACUUCAUCUUCACUCCUAGCAAAAAUGAGAGCUAGAAACCACCUUGUUUUGCCAGAGCGAUUGGAAAGUGACAAUGUGUCUCUUCCUGAAGCUUCUGCAUCUCUACUUUUAACUACAGAACAUGAUGAUCUUUUGGUAGAAAUGAGAAACUUUAUAGCAUUUCAGGCCCAUGUUGAUGGCCAAGCCAGCACCCAGGAGAUCCUACAGAAGUUUGAAUCUAAGUUAUCAGUGUCACAAUCUUGUGUAUUUCGAGAACUGUUGAAAAAUCUUUGCAAUUUCCGUAGAACUUCUGAUGGUGAAGGAGUUUGGAAACUUAAGCCAGAGUACUGCUAA